AUUAGUCCACCGGAGCUGCGUCACUGCGAACAUGUCCGAGACAUUCACCCCUUUUUUAUUCAAUUAAUCACGUACUCGCCUAUCAUCCGCUUUUUCUCCUUCUUCAUUUCAUUGAGAAACCAAUUGUCAUGAUUCACUUCCGUGUCGCCUGCUUGUCUGGGUCCAGCGGGGAAACGGUGCAAGUUCCUCCAGGAGCCAGCUUCAUCCCGACUUGUCUCCCGGAGACCGGGGACAUCUGACCUGCUGUCACACAUUCUCCUGGACUCUCAGUGAGAAAUUAGACAUCAGGCAGCGACUGGAGCGAGUGGGGGAGUGAACGGGUCACUUUAACCCAGCGAAGCCAACGGAGGUCAGCAGAGAUCGAGUAGAUGACAACAGCGAGCUGAUCGUUCGGUUAGAGGGCUUGAGUGACAGCCAGCGAUGGGGCGGAAGUUGGAUCUGUCGGGACUAACGGACAACGAGGCGGAGCAUGUGCUGCAGGUGGUGCAGAGGGACAUGAAGUUGCGCAAGAAGGAGGAGAAGCGACUCAGUGAACUGAAGCAGGAGCUGGAUGAGGAGGGCAGUCGCUGCCUCCUGCUGUCACGGCAGAGUUGCUUCAACCAGCGCUGCUGCAUCCGCUGCUGCCUACCCUUCACCUUCCUGCUCAACCCCAAGCGCCAGUGCAGGGACUGUCGCUACAACGUCUGCAAGGCCUGCCGGCUCUACAACAAGCAGGACAAAGCCUGGGUCUGCUCCGCCUGCCAGAAGAGCCGGCUGUUGAAGACACAGUCACUGGAGUGGUUCUACACUGAUGUGAAGACGCGGUUUAAGAGAUUUGGCAGCGCCAAAGUGCUGAAGACUCUCUACAGGAAGCACUUGGCAGAGCACCGUGCGCUCUCAGAGCUUACUGAGGGCAGUGUCUACGAGGAGAGCGUCUGCAAUGAGGGCAGCAUCUGUGGGAGUGACUCAACCUUCUACAGACAAAGUGAAGAGCACAGCAUGGCUGAGACGCUCACGGUGGCCCUGCGUGUGGCAGAGGAGGCCAUAGACGAGGCCAUAGACGAGGCCGAGUUCGACACUGCCAGUCAGGAGAAGCAGGAUGAGGCACAGUAUCUGCGUGAGCACAGGGGGGAGCUCGUCGAGGAACUAGCUAAAACCAUUGUGCAAAAAAUCAUUAGUAGGAGGAAGACUUUGACUGAGAUGACGGCAAAGUACGACCAGGAUUGGCCCCUUGAACAAAACACUGACCCCCAUCAUCAUCCUCAUCAUCAGUCCAUCUGUGAUCAACCCUCCUGCUUCAUCAAACACAGACCAGGCCUCUGGAGGUCACACUCUGCCUUCUCACUGUUGUCCAAUGACCAUCCAGGUCUGGUACAAGACUCUCUGCAGGCACUGAUGAAGGAAGGCAGCGGUUCGAUGUCGGGCUGGAAGAGUGUUGACCGCCUGGACAACGCUGGUGUGUCCUCAGUGCUGAAGAGCCCCGACGGGAACUGGAUCGCCCUGCAGAGCGUGCAGCUGUCUCGUCCCAGCCUGCUGACCAAAAGAAAGAGCCUGGUCUACAGUGCUUUGGAGAGGGAGUCCGGCGUGGUGUCCGCCUACGAAGGCAUGGGCUCUGACAAUGAAACCAAGACUGAACCUGACAGCUCCUGGGGUGCCGCCCUCCAGGAGAUCCACAGAAAGAUGACGGACAGUAACUCGAACCUGCAUGACACUCGGGACAGGAUCCCGUCACCACUGAUGGGCCGUCGCGGCAGCGGAGAGGAGCCGUUUUCAGACUCUGAGGGGAACUGGAAGAUGAAAAAACCUCUGCUCGCUCUUUUUAAGAGGAAGGUGCCUGCGGAGAUCCGGCGACCUUCAGCAUCCCAAAGGACAAGUAUCAUUGAUGUGAACUUCAAUGUAGGAGGAGCGACAGAGGAGGAGGAGGAGGAGGAGGCUGCUGAGCCAACAGGGGGAAAAGUCAGGAGAAGUCGGAAGAAAAGGAAAAGUAACAAAAAAGAGCAAGUAGCUGCUUCUUCUGUGUCGGAUUUCAACAAAAAAGACAAUCAGGCCCAUCCUACUCCUGAUGCUGUGACAUCUGACACUUUGACCUGUGGAGCUACGACCCCUGAACCUUUUGACCUGGAGAGUGACACGACUGGACUUGGAGCGAAUCAGAUGGACGAGGAGCUCACGUUUAAAUUACAACUGCUCACAGGCAGAGUUUCCGAGUCCUCUACUGGAGAAGAAGAGCUAGACAAAGAUAUUGUCGAAGAUUGUGAUGAUGACGGACCGAUGGAGGACAGAGAUGAAGAAGAUGAGAGUUUGUGGAAGAUGGAGAUCGACUUGGAUGAAGGAAGAAUGGAGGAGGAGAACGUAGAGGAUGAUUUAGAAGUAGAUGAGGAGAUGAAAUACAGAUUAUACAGGCUGGUCACACAGUCCAGACUCGCUUACUUUUCCUCUACCGACGAUGAGUUAGACAAAGUUGGCCAGAGUGAAGGAGAAUGGGAUGAAGAUAACAACGAGCAAGAGGAGGAGAAGACAGAGGGACUCACUUAUAAACUCUGUCAACUUGAAAAAGAGGUGAGAGCUUCACAGUUCUCGUCCACAGAAGACGAGCUGGACAGAGUCGGCGUCGACGAGAAGAAGACAGAAGAGGGAGAGGAGGAUGGGAGCAUCGAGGAGCUGGCUAGGAAAGUGUGCAGAUUAGCGAACCAAGUCAACGCCACCCAGUUUUCGUCCACAGAGGAUGAGCUGGACAGGACAGGCAGAGGCAGAGACGGGGAGCAAGGGAUGGACGAGGAGCCGCUCUGGAAGUUACAGGCAGAAAAAGCACUUCAGGCCGCUCAACUUCGAGAUUUGGCCAGUCUCGUCAGCGCCUCGCAGUUCUCUUCCACCGAGGACGAGCUUGAUAGAGGUGAAAAGCAUGAGGGCGAGAGGGAGCAGGAGGAAAAUGAAGGAGAAAUCAAGAGCAGCUUUGAGAUAGAAGAAGAGUGGGGAGGAGCCGUGGAGAGGAAAGAAUCAUUGGGAGAUUUGGAUGUGAAGAUGUUUGACCUGAGGGAUGAAAUUGAGGAAACAAAGAGUGAGAGUGGUGAUGAAAGAGCAACAGCUGGUAAUGUUUUGGAUUAUCUUUUCAAGAUAGAUGAUGUCCAAGAAGGAAAUACAGAAAUGGAAGCUCCUGUAAUGAGAGAUUUCUUGGAAGAGACUCUAACAGAAGAGAUUCGGGAGGAAAUAACAGAACACGAGGUGCAUAUAUGGAAAGACAAGGUUGAAAACGAGACACAGGGACGACGAGAGAUGAAGAUGAAAUCAGAGGUGGAAGCGGAGAAGACGGAGGAGCUGGGAGCAAGAGUGGAACAAGGAAAUCAGCUGGAGGCAAAGUGGCCGGACGAAAAUGAAGAAGAGGCGUUUGAAGAAAGCAAAGAGGGUCAGGGGAAGUGGGAAGCAACUGCAGACAGUGAAGAGGAAGAAGCAGAAUUCGAAAGGAUAAUCAGCAGCAUGUUGACAAUGACUUUAGAGGACAUGCAGGUGGAAACAUUAAAUGAUGCGGCUGCAGAAAUUGGAAGAAUAAAUGAAGAGCCAGAGGACAUGAAGAGAGAAGGGAGUAUUAAUAAAACAAGGAGGGAAAGUGGUUUCACAGAAAAGAUGGUUGAUGCACAAAGUACAAAUGCAUCAGAGGAGACGGGAGGUGCGAAAGAGUUUCAAAGUCAAGGCAACGACGUGAGGUCCGAGUCGGCUGGGAGAGAAAAUGUCACUGAGCUAAUUGGAGGAGAUACUUCCGGAAAAAAGGAGAGUGGAGAGACGGCGAUCAGAAACAGAAAGGAGCAGGAAGAACGAGAAAGAGAUCCACAAGAGAGAAGAACAUUAGCGCUUGAGACAAACGAGCCCCAACAUACAUGUAGGAGAAUAAAAGUGGAUGAUGAGGAACAGGAGGACGCACGUGGAAAAAUGGCGACUGAGGAGCGAGUGUUGGAGACGCAGGGAGCUGCUGCUGACGGAGAGAGAGACAGGAAAGAAAGGGAUGAAAACAGCGAGGAGGACACGUCUUCUCUUCACGAGGGUUUGCUGUCGCCAGAGGAGAUUCAGCAUGAGCUUAACAAAACAAUGCAGUUCAUGACAACUCUUCUGGAGCAGAGGUAUUCAGCGGUGUCCCUGCGCAGCAUCACCACUGAGGUGCUGAAGGUGCUGAACGCCACCGAGGAGCUGCUGCAGGGAUUCAAGGGAGACGCCCCACUCUCCUCCACCUCCACCUCACUGCCCCUGAACACCGACCCCAAGAAACUAGAUCAACAGUUCUCCAGACUGGAGGAGAAUGUGUACGUGGCGGCAGGUUCCGUGUACAGUCUGGAGGCGGAGCUCGGGGACCUGGAGGAGUGCGCCAGGGGAAUCUGCAGCUCCACCUCCAACAUGGAGCUGUCCUUCCUGGAGGAGCAGGUGGCUUCAGCAGCUGCCAAGGUCCAACAGUCUGAACUACAGAUUUGUGACAUCUCUGCAAGAAUUGCUGCGUUGAAGAGCGCAGGCCUCAACGUGGACACACAGUCGCGCUUCACUAGGACCAAAACCAUUCCAGUUAUGCCUGUCACCUUGGACUCAACAAGACAACUGAGGAGGCGGUUACCUGCACCGCCAGUGAAAGAAGACAAAGACACCUGAAUCAUAAACCCAGGACCUCCAACACGCAGUGCCUUGACCCUGUGACACUGCAGCCCGCAGGCCAGUCUUACACGAUGCCUGUGGAAAAACAUGUUGCCUUAAUUUCACCCGACACUAAACAUACCUCAAUUAAUAUGAGACACUAGUCCUCUAUGUAGAUGUUGUGUAGACGGGCAGGAAACUAUUGAUUCUGGUGUUAGAAAUGAACAGUAGAUAAAAUAACUUUAUUUUCCGAUUGGAGACCAAACCGUUUUGAAAUAUUAUCUGCAUUGAUCCAACUAUGUAAAGAAACAGUGUGGGUGAACCCACAACAAGAAAAUCACUUACAUUUGAGUUGUAAGACUUUUUAGAUUUCCAAAUCACUAGACAAGUCUGGUGAAAUUAUUCUUUCACACAGUAUGUGUAAACAAAAAAAAAGAAGAUUUAAUCGAUUUUAUAGACUUAUUUACUAAAAGCUGUACAAAUAAUGUGUAGUGACAGAAAAGACACAGUAUCAGAAGUACAGCCACCGGAUGAAACCUACAGUUUUCACUGUAGAUCAUAAAUAUAAAGUGAACACAUACAUGUGAACAAUCAUAGCAUGUUAAGAAGACUGUAUCAUGUCUACAAAUAAUACAAUGGAUAAUACAAAUGUUUUUUUUCAUGGUUGUAGAUGUAGUGUACAUAUUUGUACAGCAAAGCAAUCAGUAAAUGUUGUUUUCUGCCUUUAUUUUUAAGUACAGGAAAAUAAAAAAAAGUUGUGCCCCUCAAGUGAAGGUGGUGGGUGUAGUGAGGAAUUGACACCCAAAUACGACAUUCCUCCUUGUGAAGUAGGUGUGGGAACGAGACAUGAACUCAAAACAAGCAUUGCAGUAAACGUGAGCGAGUGACCUGAGUAAAGUAAAAACAAGUUUUUAUCCAAGUACCUUUCAUUUGUGUAAUAAAACAGUUUGAUGGCUCAAAAGGCAAAUACAAA